ACCCCCCCAGCCCCCCCCUCUACGAGCUUAUAGCCAUUACUGUUGGAAAUGGCCAUGAGAAAAGCCUGCACACCCCCCCUACCCCCCUUUGAUAAAGAGUGUGGUCCUGCCCUGUCCCAACGCAGUGUCAACUGCCCUAGCAUCAUAGGCUUUGCUCCAUUUUUCUGUGAAUGUUUGACUCAUCCCUAUGGGCGGCUUUGUUGGGGCCCAUACCAACCUUGUUUAGUCCCACAGUGUUUUGUCCGUCCCACGGAGGCUAAGAAGGCAGCGGACGAGUCCAAGAUGAGGUUUGCUCACAUUGACGGAGACCACUUGAUGCUGCUCAACGUCUACCACGCCUUCAAACAAAACCAUGAAUCUAACCAGUGGUGUUAUGACAACUUUGUCAACUACCGCUCGCUGAUGUCUGCUGACAAUGUACGCCAGCAGCUGUCCCGGAUCAUGGACCGCUUCAGUCUGCCCCGGCGGAGCACAGAGUUCACCAGCAGAGAUUACUACAUCAACAUCCGACGAGCGCUCUGCACCGGCUUCUUCAUGCAGGUGGCUCAUCUGGAGCGCACGGGCCAUUACCUUACAGUGAAAGAUAACCAGGUGGUGCAGCUGCACCCAUCCACGGUCCUGGACCACAAGCCUGAAUGGGUGCUCUACAAUGAGUUUGUCCUCACCACCAAGAACUACAUCCGAACUUGCACAGAUAUCAAACCAGAGUGGUUGGUGAAGAUUGCACCCCAGUACUAUGACAUGAGUAACUUUCCACAAUGUGAAGCUAAAAGACAGCUGGAGCGAAUUGUUGCCAAACUCGAGAGCAAAGAGUACUCUCAGUACUGAACUAUAGUCAAGAAGUCUCCUAGAAAACCACCUGCAUACUGUAGUUUUAGAUCUUUCUGUAACAUUGUACCUUAAUGUUCAAACGUUGGCUUUAUGAUUUAUAGUAUUUGUUUGCUUAUUUUUGUUAUUUUUUUCCCCCCAUCAAUGUCAGUUCUAUAAGUAGGUGUAAUUGAAUAUCAGCAGCAAUUGUUAGAUCCAGCUAUUGUGAUUUUCAAAAGAAGUAAUAUGGAGCAGGUCUUGUUGA